AGAUAAAAUCCAAGAACGUUUGAUCAAACAAUUUCACUACACUGCGUGGCCAGAUCAUGGAGUACCAAGUAGUCCUAGCUCUCUGCUGAACUUUGUACGCAAGUCAUCUGCUGCAAACCCGCCAAAUGCUGGACCGAUGGUGAGUGCAACCUGCUGGGGAAUGUAUGUAACCAACUCAAUUGGCAUUGUGUGCAUGGUAAUCAUACCCAGGUGGCCAAUUCAAUUAAAUAAAGGCUUUUUUAAGAAGAGUUAGGCAAACUUGGAAACAUUGCUUCAUGCAGGAACAUGUGAUUUUUCCUCAACUGUUUAACUAUUUGCCAACCUGAAAUUCAGAAACUUUUUGUUUCACAAGAGUGAUUUUUGUCUCGCAAACAAUGUUUGCUUCGUUUUCAACUUUCUGUCUGUGUAAAUUCAUGCCACAUCUAGUAUUCAAAAUAUCGCAAGUAAUUUAAUCUACAUGCAAGUAUUACUGACAAUUGUUUCCUGGUUUGACAAGCAUGCUAGAGAGAAAAAAGUUUCCGCAAAAAUGUUUUAUGCUCUGCCCUUCGCUUUACAAUAAGUUAUUAGAUUUAGUAAGCUUGCAGGGGACUUGGAAAAACAGCAUUAUAUAGCCACAAAGCUAUGUUGGUCAAUGAAACUGCUCGUCUUCCAAAAUAAACUGGAAAUUGCAGUAAUGUGCAUCAAUGAAAACUUGAUAGUCAAUUUGUAUUGAUUUUCGUUUCUUUUCCGCAGGUUGUCCAUUGCAGUGCAGGUGUGGGUCGUACUGGAACCUACAUAGUAAUUGACACCCAGUUGGAACGUAUUGCCAAACGUAAGACUGUUGAUGUCUUCGGGAACGUCCAGAAAUUGCGAAACCAACGUUUGCUGAUGGUCCAGGUGGAAGACCAGUAUAUAUUUAUUCAUAGUGUAUUACUGGAAGCCAUUAAUAGUGGUGACACAGAGAUACAGGUUGAAGAUUUCCCUGAACAAAUGAGAGAAAUCAUGGAUGUGAAUCCUGAAACAGGUAAACGAUUUGUGUGGAAAAGCCUGGUGAGCGUGAUGUAAUAAACUGUCGAUAUAUUCCUACAGUCAGUAAAGACUGAUUCGUAAACGGUACACAAAACAUGGGAUAGAUCUAGACUAUAUUUCACGUCGUCGUUCAUGAGUUGCAUGUCACGGCAUUUACUACCAAAUGGAAGCCAAGCUUAUUUAUAAUAUGAACAAUUUGGCCUGUAGAAUGCACCACGAUCAUUGAUUGCUCGAUCUUACAUUGAUAAAUUAUAUAAAAAAAUGAUAUCGUUUGUAUGCUGGGGCGUAAAAAAAUACCUGUGGUUCCGGUUCUCGACCGACCCUAUUUUUUUUCUGCCGACCCUAUUAUUUUUUCAACGCAAUUGACCGUGCGACCCUAUUUUCUCCGGGUGGUUGCAGGCUGCUUCCAAAAUGGUGUCUGUUGUCACACUAAUUAUUGAAAUAACCAUGAAAAAAAUAUUCAAAAAAAAAAUUAUUUCCGACCUACCGACCCUAAUUUUUUCGCGAUAUGAAACCGGAACUACAGAGUUUUUUUACGCCUGGUGAAGAUCCGGGCUUACGCAUUGAGAAUUUUGCAGAAUGAAGAACUUGGGCGCGGUAUUUUCCACAAAAGCAAAUCAAUACAUUGUCUUUUCAUCAACAUUUCAUUCAAGUAGCUCCAUUUAAAAUUUAAGCGUGCCGUGCCCAAAAUGACUGUCUUGUAAACGGGCCUUUAAUGUUCGGAGCACUCUGGGUUUUUCUUCUAAUAGAAUGAUACAAAACACGGUCGCAUCAUUGCUCGGAACUGUUUCGAUUCUUUUCGCAAAACAUUUAUUUGAUUAUUACAAUCAGUAUGACCAAAUGUAAAUUUGGUCUAACGUUUUCUCCGGUCAAAAAAUAGCAAUCAUUUCAGUCUUGAACAAAUAGAAUAACCAAAGAUUGCGUCGGAUCAUCCCGCAAAGAAUAUACAAUUAUUACAUGUAAAAUAGUCUGAACUAUACGGUACAGUGGUGUUUGGCGUAAAGUAUUAGUAUUGACUUGAUUUAUCUAAAGGGGGCCUGCGUAUGAAACAUUGCUACAGUAUAUCGACCAGUUUCAACAGGUAAUCUAUGUGCUGAAAUUCUGAGCUUUGUAACAGCUUGACGAUGUUUAACAAUACUAUAAUUUCAGAAAUAUAAUUUCAAAUAAUACACUACAAUAAUAUUGUUAUAAUAUUAGUAUUGUAAUAAUACAUUUUAUUAUACAUUUAAUAUGUAUUCUCGUUUCUAAUUGGUCAGAAAGCACCGGCUAAUUUUCAGUAUUCGGCAUUUAUUACGUAUUUUCCGCCGAUGACGUCAUCAGCGUCCAAUAAUUGUUUUUUUGGAUCGAACUUGCAUCCAAAAAAAAAAUUAUUGGACUCUCUCGUGCCCAAACCCUUGCGCGGCCAAAAGCUUGAACCUAUAAGCGCGCGAAAAAAACAAACAAACAAUGGCCUACAGCAGAUUUGCUUCGCUGAAUGAAAGUGAACUCUCCAAAUUAUUGGCAGAUAAGGAUAGUGAAAGCACGAAAAAAGCCACAAAGGGGUAAAUAGAAGUAGAAAUAGAAUAUUUAGCUGACCUUUGACUUUGUGCAAGGUGUUUGAUAUUCAAAUUGUACUUUUCCUACCUCAUGAACAGGAAUCGUUUUAUACGUUUCUCAUGUCUUUAAAUGUAUAAUAAAACAAUUAUUGGAUUCGGCUUUCGCAUGAUAUCAAGAAUUAUUCAGACCUCGGUCUAUGUUAUCCGCCUCAGCUUCGCUUCGGCAGAUAACAUUGACCUCGGUCUGAAUAAUUCUUGAUAUCAUGCUCAGCCUCAUCCAAUAAUUGCUUAAUAAUUACAUUUACUCAUCAGGAGUGCCUCGAGUGGAAGAAGAAUUUCAACGUCUUGGUAGAAGUGUCGUUCCGCCAGCGCUGUUCAAAGCGGCCAAUAUGAACUGUAACAAACAGAAGAAUAGAUAUGCAAAUGUUCUCCCUUACGACGAAUCCCGAGUGAAGUUAUCUCUAAUUCCUGGUGUUGAAGGCUCGGAUUACAUCAAUGCUAACUACGUCGAUGGCUAUAUGAAGAAGAAAGCGUUCAUUGCGACACAAGCUCCAAUUCCUGAUACAAUCGCCGAUUUCUGGAGAAUGGUUUGGCAAGAAUGUUCUCUAACAAUCGUGAUGUUAUCAAAUGAGAUGGAAAGUGGACGGGUAAGUUUGACAGUCCUCAUUCUGUUUUGCUGAUGUAUCACAUUGCUGAUUAUGCUGAAAAAAUAAAAAUGGUGGCCGUGUAAACACGGAGUGAUAGCUUAUACUUGUAAAUUUUGAGAUGUUUCGGUAGUUUUUAUUGAAAUUUUUCAGCAUAAUCAGCAAUUUUAUACCUUACUUCCCAUCAUCCCCUGCAAGCAUAAACUAAAAGCUGGAAUUGCCUAUUGCAUUGUAAUUAUUUUCCGUUUAUCGUUUUGACCUCCUUCUGACAUUGCUUUAGAUCAAAGUUCACAGAUACUGGCCCAAUAAAGCUCCUGCAGUAAUCGGAGAUCUCAUGGUCGAGCUCAUGAGUGAACAGAAAUUUGAGGAAUAUAUGUUGAGGGAAUUCAAGCUGACUAACACAAAGGUAAAUCUGUGAAAUAAACUUUUGUUAAAUAAACAUAUUGUGAAAUAAACCUAUCCUGGAAACAUGUAUAACAAGCGCUGCAUCCGAAACACUAAGAAUUUAAAGAGCGCCGUGGCGCUUAAACGAGUAAAUAUACAGCAUGUUAACACAUAACGUUGAAGCAGCAGACUAUAUUUGAGGCCUUAUCCUAACUUGUUAGUGCCCAUAUGUAAAACUGAACGUUUUUAAACUCCUUGCAAUCUGCUCGUGUUUAUAAUUAUAAUAAUAUACAUAAAGAUAUUACUCGACUGUGAUUGGUUGAUUUCAGUGCAGUUAAUCCCAAACAGCAGUGCAAUUUUCUGUAAUGACAGUGCAAUUUUCUGUAAUCGCAAUGCAAUUUUUUGUAAUCACAGUGCAAUUUUCUGUAAUCACAGUGCAAAAAUCUGUAACAAACUGAUCUGAUUGGUGGAAAAACAUUGUGAUGAUUAAAUCAACCAAUCAGUUUAAGGCAGUUUAGUUUUAAAGAAGUAACGGCACAGAAUAGGAAGGUAUAGCAGAAGCGUAACUCAAGCAAGUAUUUGUCCGCGUUUUUACAAGCGAUUCGUCAUCAAUCAUGCCAUCCUGGCUAGUACAACCGGCACUUUGUACCUACCAAAACCUGAUAAAAACUUCCGGUUGUACUAGCCAGGAUGACGUGGAUUGGCGUGAGCGAGUUAAAAUUUUCGUGGACGUCAAACAAUAAGGGAAACGACUAGAGUUACGCUUCUGCUAUAACUUCCUAUUCUGUGGUAACGGUCACAGAUUGCCUCAAAACAAAACAACAUGGCGCCGCGCUACACAAAGUAAAAGUUGCCUUCGCGUGGAAAAUAUGGCUUUUAUCUUUAUUUUUAAAUGGAAAAGCAUUUACCUUAAACAAGACUAACAAAAAAUACACAGUUGAGUGGAAUUUUCAAGCUGUUAGCGUUGUAUAAUGUGAUAUAACAAAGCCAGAAAAACUUUGCUAGUGGAAUGUUCGCUAUAAACGCGUAAGUUAAAACUACAAUUGUCUCGAACAUUUUUAUGUAAAUUAUUAAUAAGUAAUAGCAUGGUUUCUCGUGAAAUUUGGAUAAACAUGCACUCGUGAGUUUUUCAAAGACCUCAAAUAGCACUCGUCCUUCGGACUCGUGCUAUUUUGAGGUCUUUGAAAAACUCACUCGUGCAUGUUAUAUCCAAAUUGCACUCGAAACCAUGCUAUUACCUAUACUAAUAAGUAACCAUCAGUUGUUAUAGUACUCUUUAUCUAAUUGCAUAAUAUUUUUACUUGUAAUUAUAGCACAUACUUAAUAUUUUAUUCUCAUACUAUGUAAUUCCAAAGCAAUUCAGUUGUUACUGCUAUUUUGGAAAUUUGUAAUUAAAUCUUUAUGGAGGUUCCUCGGCAAAGCAUGCAUGCGCACUGCUUUAUGCAAUUGUGGACUUGUUUUUUCUUUUUGAUUUGUCAUAGCAAUUCAGAAAUUUAGACACUCGCUGUAGCAUAUACAGUGCAUAUUUUCUGCAUAUUUUCUGCAUUUGUACAAAAUAAAGAAUAUUUAGGUGAUAGUGGGAGGAAAGUAAGGUUAUCUCCAGUAGCUAAGCUAGGGACGUUUAUUGUAACAGGGACGUUUAUUGUAACAGGGACGUUUAUUGUAACAGGGACGUUUAUUAUAACAGGGACGUUUAUUGUAACAGGGACGUUUAUUGUAACAGGGACGUUUAUUGUAACAGGGACGUUUAUUGUAACAGGGACGUUUAUUGUAACAGGGACGUUUAUUAUAACAGGGACGUUUAUUAUAACAGGGACGUUUAUUUUAACAGGGACGUUUAUUGUAACAGGGACGUUUAUUAUAACAGGGACGUUUAUUGUAACAGGGACGUUUAUUGUAACAGGGACGUUUAUUGUAACAGAGCGUCAUUAGGAGUCACGUAGAUAUGUAGCCUGCAAAUACUGCUAGUAAGAUCUACAAACAGUUGUGUUUUGUUGAUUUAGGAGAAAGCAUCUCACGUGAUCCGUCAGUAUCACUACAACUGCUGGCCAGAUGUUGGUUCGCCUUCGUCUGGUGCUGGUAUGAUUGAUCUGAUUGGUCAGGUCCAGAGGUGGCAACAACAAUCAGGAAACAAGAUUGUCACUGUACAUUGCAGGUAUUCAUCAUUUAUGACGUCUACCAGAAGGUUAUGUUUUCAUCCGCGUUUGUAUGUGUCUCUGUCUUUUUGUCAGCACGAUUACUGAAAAACUACCAAACGUAUUAAUACAAACGUGUAUGGGACUAAUGUACAUUACCCAAGGACAAAUUGAUUAAAUUUCGGUGGAAUUUGGUCCUGUGGAUAAAAAUUGGAUGCGAAAUUAGUCUCAAACGUUUGUCUUGCUUUGCCAAGCAAAGUAAACCGAAUGCGUAAUUAACCUAUUGUACAAUUUAUGCUUGACACAUAAAUUACGUGAUGUUUCCACAAACAAAUGUAUUAUAAGUUUUAUCGCCAUGCAAAAUGCAAACCUACAAAAAACUUAUUACAUAAAUUAAUUCGCUGGCGGAGGUAAUAUGCUGUCUUCGAGUGCCCUCUAGUUAGUAAUUUCUUUGUUUUGCUUGUACAAGCUGUUAAAGUGCCAACUAGAAGUCUGUUGGUUACUGGUUAAAACUCCGUUUUGCACUGAAGUGUAAUCACAAAACGUCCAGUUGGGCAUUAUUAUCGUGGUCAGAGUAAUUACUCGUGCUAGUAAAUACUGUACAUCAGUUCAUUUUUAUCAACAAAGUACAAAACUCAAAUUAGUAAAAUUAGCAAAAUGUGCACACCACUCAUAUUCUGUUCAUAUGAAUAUAGCAUUGCUUUAAAAACUUGUUUUGAUAAAAAAUCACGCCUGAGCCGGUUAUAGACCAGCAUGCUAUGACCGAAUUACUGUGAAAACUGGAUGUGUGGUGCUCGAGAUAUCUUCUUCCUUAUUAUCCAGCUACUAGCAAAAAAUAACUAUGAGGAAGUAUUAUUUUUGUGAGAAUAUGAUUAUAAGGUUUCCUCAUACUGUAUUGCAUUUAUUGCAAUGCCACUAAAUCUAAAAUUAUAUCAAAUUUAUGUCAUCAUAUUGCUGACAUAUCCAAAGAUAUACAAACAGAUUAUUGUCAUUUGCAAGGUCAGUGUCAUAUGAGAGGUCAUUAAGUUGAAUUUUUCAGCGACGUACUGUUUCCAGUUAAAUAGCCCUAUUGGGACAAUUUUUACAUAAAAGAUGGUUACACUUUUUCAAACAAAUUUCUUUUCAAUAAAUAACUUGUAUACAUAAUGCAAUCAUGUAUUGAUAGACACUGUGUGCAUGGUUCAAGGGCGUACCAGUAAAAGAUAUCUGAACUUCUUACUCUUAAUUUUUAGGUGUCUAUAUUUACACAAUUUUAAUAAAUAUGCAAUUAAUGUUCUCAAUGUUUCUCAAUCGUUUCUUCUUCUUUCCAUCUUAGUGCUGGUGUUGGUCGUACUGGUGUGUUCUGUGCUCUAUCCAACCUCAUUGAACGCUUGAAAACUGAACACGUAAUUGAUGUGUUUCAAACUGUGAAAAUGUUACGCCAGAAGAGACCAGCCAUGGUCCAAACCAAGGUAUGUUCACUUUUUAAUAUGUAGUCAAAUUUUGAUUAUUCAGUUUAGUGAAUUAUUCGUUUUUGGUGGCUCCACAUUUCUCCACUUAUGUCAUAGUUAAAGAUCAGUUACAGAUCAUCAGUUGAAAUCAGUGGUUUUCUUCGAAAGAUUGCUCGUUUUAAUAGAGUGCAACCUCGCCAACAACCGCUACUGUGAUGUUAAAACUCCAUAUAAAUCAUAUCUUUUUUUAUGAAGUUUUCUGAUUUCGAAAUAAUUAUAUAUGCCAUUAUUACAAUAGGCGUCGUUUUCAGUGGCGUAGGAACCGGGCAAGCAUAGGCGUCACAUGCCCCCGCCGGCCUAGUGCCCUUUUCCAAUACCCAUUUCAAUACUUGAAAGCCAAAAUAUCCGGCAUAUUAAAACGUCAUUUUCGCCAUAGCAACGGCAGUUGUAUAACUUUUAAACUAGUAAAAAUUGUCCAAGAAUACGGAUCGCAGUUGUAAAUUCUCCAUUAAAAACCCCUGUAUUGAGCCAUCUUAAGGGAACUUCUUCUAACCUCCCAAUUUUAUUUCAUAAAAUGCUUUCUCUUAGCAUAUUGAACUAUUAUGAAUUUAUGACAAUUUGACGCAAAACUUUUUACGUUAGGUAGAUGUGAUUAUUCAUAAUAAUUUUAUUGGAUCGGCAGAAUUCUUUUAAAAUUGUCAAAGUAAUUCGAUAUACUAAGAGAAAUCAUUUUAUGAACACCGUCGAUUUCGAGUUAAAUUUACUUUAGAGCCAAAAUAUCCGCCAUUUUGAAACGUCAUUGUUGCCAUAGCGCCUGUAGUUCUGUAACUUUUGUGCAAAAAUUCAAACUCUUUAAAUGUUGUUUUACAUAAAUAGGGCACUCUUUGUUUUUAACAAGUAAUAAUUGUGCAAAAAUACGGACUCCGAGCCAAAUCGUAAUUUUGUUUUAAAACUAUAUCAAGCCACCUUCAGAUAUAGUGCGCCCCUCCACCUACGUCCCUCAAUGUUCGUUUUUGUCACAAACGUUAUGGGAAAACAAAUUGUAAUACUUCACUUUUAACAAGUUACGAACGCGAUGAUGUGCAGCUAUAUACAAUCUUUUAAAGUUUAUUUCAUGGCUCCACUAUUAAAAAAAGUAAAAGAAAGUUUACAUUGCCCGUAUCUGCCGCCAUAUUGAUUUUUAUCGUUGCCUGGCUCUACAGUAGUGGCACUGCUUUAGGCCAUUUAUUUUUUUUUUCAUCUUUAUUAAUUUAAUGAUGGGGUUACAGUUUUGCUAAGCUAAUGCCUGUAUUCUAAAAGCUCACUCACACUCAAUGAGUGGAGGUUCGAUGAGUGGAGGGUGAGUAGUCACAUGGUAAGGUACGAUACUAACCCUCCAACUUUUCAAAAACAGCAAUGACACUCGAGAGAAGCUCAGAUUAAACUUCCACUCAUUGAGUGCGAGUGUACUUUUAGAAUGCGGGCGUUACAGUAUUAAUAAAUUGUAGUUGAAAAUUACAAUUUUUUGCUGCAAGUGUAUUUGCUAUUGCCUUAGCGACUCAUAUGUCAUUAAAGGAAGAUGAACGAAGUUAAUUCCUAUCUUGUUCGUUUUUCACAGGAACAGUACGAGUUUUGCUAUAAUACUCUUCAAGAAUAUUUGGACUCAUUCGACCUUUAUGCAAAUUUUACAUAGAGUGUCUUACACAGAACGUAACGUCUAUACAAUGAAGAAUUUCAGUGGGAAAAAUUUAAUUUUCAAUGGGAAAAAUUUAUAUGUUAAUUAAUAGGAAAUAACUUACCCAUAUAAAACAAAGCUAUUUAGAUUCUAAACAUGAAUGAUACCAUACUUAAAAUCAAAUUUAUAAAACUGUUAUACAAAGCAAUUUAGAUUCUAAACAUGGAAGAUACCAUACUUAAAAACAAAUUUAUAAAACUGUUAUACAAAGCAAUUUAGAUUCUAAAAAUGAAGAUAGGCCUAUCAUACUUAAAAACAAAUUUAUAAAACUGUUCUAAUGUAGACUGAUUUUGUAGCCAUUCAUAUACAGCAUUGUUUAAAUUUGUAAUUUUUACGUAAUUUAUUUUUCAUACUUCAAAUUUCAAUAAAACGUAAUUAUUUGUAUUUUGAAAUGAGUGGUUUAUAUAUAUAUAUGUGUAUUUCUCAAACCAACAUGCAUAAAGUAUUGUGUAUGUCAAUAGCAAGUAUUUGAGGCUGUG